CGCAAUCCCAAAGUCGACAACCAUCGCCCUCCGGGCGCGCACACGGCCGAUAAUACUAACCCAAGCAGCGUAAUACCGACAAUCAUCAGAAACGACCGCCGACGACACCACCACCACCCAGGACCUCGCCUACACCGCUCCCCAACCUCCCCCGGAAACUGCGAAAACGACCGGAGCGAACACAACACACAGACAACGACUAUCGACAAAUGGCAUCUUGAUCGCGACCAGCAAACUUCAACCAUCCACAUCGAUACAGACCUGCCAGACGACGACACUGAAAUUAUCAUCGACUCGCGACCGACGCGACCAUGCCCCUAUCCGAUGGGUUCCCCUCGUCUCCUCCCGGCCCAGGCUCCUCCUUGGAAGAGUCCCUGAAAUACUACAAGGCGCAAUAUGAACUGCUAGAGGCGGAACUGGAAGAGUUCCAAACAUCUAGCAAAGAACUCGAGGCCGAGUUGGAAAAGGACAUUGACGCCUCGGAAAAGCGCGAACGACAAUUAAAGGAGAAGGCCAGCAACCUCCAAUACGAAGUGGACGAAUGGAAAGCCAAAUACAAGCAAUCCAAAAGCGAAGCCUCCAAUGCGCAGAAUGCGCUCCAGAAGGAGAUUACAGAGUUGCGCGAUGCCAACCGCAACCUGCAGAUGCGCCUGCGCGACAUUGAAGUUGCCAACGAUGACUUUGAGAGAAAGCAGCGAAACACGGAGUCGUCGCUGGAAGAUAUGGAAGCCAAGUAUAACCAGACAAUUGAACGAAGUGUACUGCUUGAAGAUGAGUUGCGGUCCAGUGAGCAAGACCGAGAAGGAUUGCGCAUUGAAGCACAGCGACUGCGAGAUGAACUCUCUGAUCUCAAGAUCGAGGCCGACAUCACGAAAGAGAAGUUACGAAAAGCAGAGGCCACCGCUCGAAAACAUUUGACCAUACAUCCUAUCAACAUCACCAGCUCGUCUCCCCGUUCAGAACUCUCACCGACCACCACCAAUGCCUCCUCUCCAACGUUCGACACUCCACCAGCAAAGACAGCCUCUUCUUCUGGCCUCUCGGACACACCCACACCCCCUUCCCCUCCGAUAUCAGACAAGUCGAGCAACGUCUCCAAACCCUUCGCGACACCCGGAAUCCCCAAACGAACAUCCCUGGCCAGUGCCACUGCCAUCCAAAGACCAUCGUCUUCCAUUUCCAAUUCGAGACCGAAUGGCCACGUGCGAGGACCUUCGGUCUUGUCUCGAACCGGACCUUCUUCCUCGUUCCGCCAGAGCUUGUCCAAGAAUAGUGCUCUCCCUCAAAGGCCGUCUGGAUUGCCUCAGUCUGCGUCUCUGAUCCAUAUUAGGAACCUCCGGGGCAAGAUGCAGAGACUCGAAGAGCGUGUGCACAAUGCAAGAUCCAAACUUCCUGCGCCUGUGAACACGCCGCCAAAGAUGUCCCCCAGAUCGGGAUCGGCGCUGGGCCAUCACAUUCCCUCGUCGGUGACUGUUCGCAACCGUAAACGGACCGGUGGCAGUACGAUUAGUGGAGUGGACUCGUUACCUGACAAGGCCCAAGAAUCUCCGCUGAAGCCAAAGGGGAGGCCGAGCAGGUCGUCUUUGAGUCUCCAGCAACCACCAUCUCCCACGAGGGGUGACAUGGCCGCACCGCCACCACUACGACCGUCGUCACGAACCAGUGGUAUAUCCGGGCGAUCGUCGUUCGCACCAAGUCACAGCCGACCGCGCAGCCGGGCGAGUGUUUCGGGAUUCCGAGCACCUCUUGGCAGCGGUGUCGGGUCAAACUAUGCACCCAACGCGUCGACGGAUAGAAUCCGACCGAAGAGCAGUCUCAGUAGCUACGGUUAUGAUGGUACCUUGGAUGAAGACGACGGUGAAGAAAUGGCACCGGGUGGAGUUGACAUGAAAGAUACAGCAGCGACACCGACCCCGAGACGGACGACGUUUGCCAAACGAAGCAGUGACGUCGGGUCUGGUAUACCGAGUCCCAGUAAACGGACCAGUUUUGGGAGUGCGGCGACGAAAUUACCUGGUCUGCCUAGACGGCCUAGUACUGGGUUCGUGAGGGUGACCAGCGGGACUGGACCUGGGGAUAUGAUGAGACCUCCAUCUCGACAAUUGGAUCAUGUCCAGGAAGGUUAUGACGUGAAUGAAUCUUAUUGAGUUACUUGUUGACUGUUUGAAAGAGGGCUUUGAGUAAAAUGGCCCAUCGAUGAAUGACACUAGCCCACUGGGCACUUUCAGGAUCAGAAGAAGAAGUGUCAACUUUGGUUUCUUUUUUGUUUGUUCUUGGAAUGAGCUUGAGCAAAAGAGCGGGUUUUGUACGUUGUGUGUGUUAGCGACCACGAUUCUUUGAAACUUCAAACUUGACUCUUCCCUCCUCUAGUCGAACGAGGUCUGAGGUUGAUGUUUGGGGAGGAACAAUGACCACCCCCUCCCCCCUUCCCCCAACAUAGGUGACUUUAGAGAUAGCGUUAUGAGUGUUGUUUUUGUUUGGAGCAACCCAGGAAAUCAU